UCCACACCCCAACUUAUCAAAAUUAAAAUUACGGUAUUAUUUGACAUCGUGAAUUCAAUUAAUUCAAUUUCUCCCAAAGUUGUCAAUUAUGGGUGACUUAAUAGAAAUAAGUCCGUUGCCACUGACCCCAAAAACAAUUCCACUAAAGGAAUUGAGAAAAUGGAACCUUUUCGACACUAUCGGUGAUGUCUUUUUACAAAAUGUUCGUGUCGCCCAUGUCCACGGAAACCAUGGAUUUCUCGUAACUACGGACGAUAAUGUGUACAAAAUCUCUAGUUCCAUAUCACCUGCUACAGGGAGCUUAACAAAUGGGUUCUUACCUUCUAAAAUUGAAGCGCUUUGUGGACAAAGCGUUAAAGAGUUCGUCAUUGGAAGUGUUGAUUUUGCUAUAACCGAAGAUGGACGUAUCUUCGCGUGGGGGUAUAGUAUGUUUGGCGAACUCGGGACUGGAACGAAUGACACAUCAAAUUACACUCCAACACUAAUUAAAUUUGACCCAAGUGUGAGAAUUGUUCAACUUGCGGUGGGUGUUUAUCACGCCGUCGCCUUAACAAUGGAUACGAGGGAGGUUUUCUCAUGGCGUUACAAUAAAUAUGGCCAAUUAGGCCUGGGAAAUAACACGCAUCAAAACAAACCUUGUAAAAUUAGCAUAAAUCUUCGGAACGUCAGAGUUAAACAAAUUUCUUGUAGCUCAUACAGCUCGUUUGCUUUGAGCGAAUCGGGUGACGUGUACUCAUGGGGACGUAAUCUUAAUGGCGAGUUAGGGAUAGGAAACAGAACACUUGAAUUUGUGCCAACUAAAGUACUUGUUGACAAACCGAUUACAAAGAUUGCAAAUGGGAAAUACCACACCCUUCUACUGGCCACAUCUGGGGAAAUCUAUGUUUGUGGAGCUAAUGACGAAGGUCAAUUGGGCACAGGAAAUACCACAAGUUUAUCCACGCCAACCAGGAUAUCAGCGGAUUUAGGAAUUUUUGAUGAUAUAUCUUCCAUGCCGGGUAUUAAUCAAAGUUCCGCAAGGUCUGCGGAUAAAAUUUUCGUUUGGGGGGAAAUGGACAAAGGAAUCAUUUGCAGUAGCCCUAAACAAUUGGUGGCGAAUUUAUCAAAUUUUCCACACCCUCCUACACUAUUUAACGAGGGGGAACAAAUUAUGUGCAAAUCGCUGUGCGCAUCGGACCACACAGAAAAUGCGGUCACCAUACAAGAAACGCUGGAAAGAGCGAUAGGCGGGGUCGGGACCGAUGUAGAGUUUAAAGUGGAGGGUGGCUUGAUCAAGGUCCACAAGGCCAUACUGACCUUGCGAAGUGCUUACUUCUCUCGAAAACUGUUCCAUGAUUGGAAGCAGCAAGAUAGCCCAAUAGAAUUGAAGGAUACCAAACGGGACACUUUCUACGCAUUGCUUUAUUACCUUUACACGGACAAAAUUUAUUUCUCGGAUGCCGAAAUAGACAAAGUUUUAGAUUUGAUGAAAUUGGCUGCGACGUAUUGUGAGACUGGUCUCAAGACAAAAUGUGAAUCGGUUUUACAGAAGCAGAUGGAAUUGAGAAAUGUCUUCACAAUUUAUGCGGCCGCCGAAAAGUGCAAUGCGCAAUAUCUUCGCCAAGUUGCCUUCAACUUUGUGGUAGCUAAUUGGGUCGAAAUAUCAAACAGGGGAGAACUCGAUAGAGCUGAUUUAAGCAAUCAAGACUUGAGGCAGUUCACGAAGGCUUGGGCGGCCAAAUAUAAGGAUGCCCCAAAAUCGACACAGAAUGCAGAAUCAAAUAAAACUGUAAAUGAGGAUACAAACCCAUUAAAAAUUUCGCCUUGUGCUGAACCGAAAAUUAAACCUGAACCAACCGUGGAUAAAAAGAUUGGCAGCAAAUCCUGCCAGGUGUGCAUGUCGGAUAACGACGCCACCGGUGCGGCAUGUGUACGUUGCAUAGCAAAAAGUUCAAACAUUGUAGAGGACUUGAACUUAAAAGGGUUAUCUUCAUCGGGACAGAAGCUAGCUCCUCCUUCUUCGGCGUCCCCAAUUAAACUAGCACCUGCAGCAACUUCACAAGUAGAAACUCCGUUAGAAAUGGAGAAGGUUUCUCCAUUCCGUGGAUUUAACUUUGGCUUUAAUAACACUGUAGCAUCAACAUCGACGAGUGAGCCGAAUGAGACCCGGAUUCAGUACAAGGACAACAGUGUCGACAAAAAGAGUCCCGCCAUCCUUGCGGUUCAUCCCUCCUUUGUAUUUAAACCGCCGUCUUCUUCAGGGUCAAAUUUGAUUGAGUCUGGAGUUGAUAAAAAUUUAAUUGAAGUAAAACCUAGUCGUAUGGCAGAUACUGAACAAAAAAUAGUUGCAUCAUUAGAGAAUGUCCCAGCACCAAAGAAUGCUCCAUCUGUAAAACCAAUAGAAUCAAUUGCUUCACAUUCUAUGCCCAUUUCGGUUCCAGCUUCUUCUGUCCCAGAAUCAAAGCCUGACGGAUUUUUGGAAGCUUUAAAAAAUGAAAGUGCUGCUGUGAAGACAUCCAAGGGAAAAGAAAUAAGCACAGUAAUGGCACAACCUUUCGCCGUAGGGGAAAGCCUUCUUGGAUUGGGAGGAAAUGAUACCACCGAUCCUGUAACAACUGCCAACACCCCGACAGCUUCUGGGUCUUCUCUGACACCGAAGUUAUGCUGUUUCGGAUAUGAUGGUGGCAGUGGUGGUCAACGUACUGUCAAAAAAGCUAUCAGAAGAUAUCGAUAAAUCAUUUGCAUAUGCCCUUUGCAACAUUGAUUUACAUAUGUAUGUAUGUACACAAAUGCAAAUAUUGAAAAUCGGAAGAUGAAGUCGUGAAGAUAGUAAGGCGUGUUUGGAGAUGAAAUGAAAAAAAAUAAAUGAGGAAUAAUGAAUAAAUAUUUAUUUCCAAAUUUUGAAUAAAUAAAUAAUGAAUAAUUUUUUUUUGUGCUUAAAUCUAAUAAAUUCAAAAUGAAGAAAAGUUGUUGACAGGUAUGCUAUUGAUGCAUAAUAGUUCUUCCGAAAAACAUGAGGGACAAGAAAAUACCCCGUAUUGCCCUAUACUUACGGAACGAGUGGGUCGUAUUAUGUAUUAUCGGGAGAGCGCACCAUGCGGUGACUGAAAUCAUUCCGGUGGUGGUCGCAACCCUGUUCAUAAAAAAUAUUUCUUCAUUUAAAAUUUCUUCAAUUUAAAAAUAGGAAAAAAUUAGUCAUUCAUUCUUCAUUUAUUCAAAAU